AUGUGCGGUGUGACUUUUGCUUGCAUUGCCAUGAUGGAGACCGGGUACAUGAACAUAAAUCCAGAGAUGCUGAAAGACGUAUUGGCUGCAUCGUCAGGAGACUACAUCUUUGUUGCUUCCUAUGUGCUGACAGAUCCAUCAGAGUCAGAAAAGCAAGGCUCCAUAGAGCGAGUCUUCGGAAAUCUUGGCCGGUCCGAGGUCACAUUUCUACUUCCGCCUUCCCAGCCAAUCUUGACGAAUACAUCACUGCAUCUGUCAUUCACGAACUACGAAAUGCCACUAAAUGUCGGCCCAAGAGCCCUGUGCGACACGCUUGCAGUUUUGGUGGAGUCGCUUGUGUCCAUUAUGACGGGGGCAAACAUAUCGGUGAUUUGGACGUACUUGUCCAUGUUCGCCAACAAGCGUUUGGAAAUUGUUUGGUGUGAACACUGCCAAUCCGAGGCAAGCGAUGAGAUGACACAGUUCAAGGGGCAAAGCGAAGUCAUCUCUAUUGGUAGCUGGGCUGAGCUCUUCGAUUUCCCCAUGAGAGCUUCGAUCGUACGGGCUUAUGGAAAUUGA